CCGUCAUACAACCAUUAUGCAGCCGUUACGUUUCUCCGGGAGUUAUUUUUGUGGCGCACUUAUGUAGCUAGUCGGCGAGGUCUCACCAUUACUGACAUUUCCCUGUUACUAGUUGAAGAUGAAUUCACUGUUAGUUUUCUAAGAGCCAUUAAAAGUCGAAUAGAAACUGAAACAUGUCUCAAAACCAUGUGUCAGGGAUGGAGACCUCCGCUAUCUCUGUCCUGAAGCGGGCAGUGGAGCUGGACCAGAGCGGCCGCUUCCAGGAGUCUCUAGUCUGCUACCAGGAGGGAAUCCAGCUGCUUAUGGACGUGCUGAAAGCUGUGAAAGAUGACUCCAAGAGAGGGCACUACAGGGACAAGAUAAAGGGCUACAUGGACAGAGCAGAGCAAAUCAAAGUUCAUGUGAACCAGAUGAAAGAAGACGGGAAGUACCAUGAGCAGAUAAGAAUAGCAGGGGAUGCCACUGGUUACAGCUACGAGGCUCUGUUCAAGCCAUAUAUCAGCAGUGCACUCAAAGAGGUCUGGGUGGAAGACCCAUACAUACGACACACUCACCAGUUGUACAACUUCCUGCGGUUCUGUGAGAUGCUGCUCAAAGCGUCCUGUAAGGUGAAAAAGAUCCAUCUCCUCACUUCACAGGAUGAAACGGACAGCGGCCAACAGACCAGCGCUCUGGCUGAGCUGAAAGAGAGCCUCGGUGCACAGGGAGUGAUUCUGGAUCUGCAGUACUCCCCCACUAUCCAUGACAGGGAGAUCAGGUUUGACAAUGGUUGGAUCAUCAAGAUAGGAAGAGGGCUGGAUUACUUCAAGAGACCUAAAGGCAGAUUCUCCAUUGGAUAUUGUGACUAUGACCUCAGGCAGUGCCAAGAGACCACCGUAGACAUUUUUCACACCAAGCACACAAAAACUCUAUGAGAUUUGUGAAUUUUAAAUUCCCCUUUUUUCUACCUUAAGUUACUUAAUUUACUUACCUGCCCUCAACACACACAAACACACACAUCUGCUGCUGUCUUGGAUUUGCCUUAACAUACAGGAGCAUGUCAUUACCUUUGUAACAAUAAUGGAAGUGACCAAUUUCUAUUACGGGUUUUACAGUGUGCCUUUAGUCAUACUAGUACGUCUUUUAAUUCAGCCAUUUGUGUGAUAUAAUAUUCAAUAUUUAUGAGAUGUAUUCAUUGGAUUGUAUUUUAUUUUGAUAUAUAGACGAUGCUUUCAAGUGGUCUUUUCUACGACCGUUUCUCUCUUUUUUCUAAAUGGAUGGUUUGUAAGGUGCUUUUUAGGGCUUCUUUCUGCCAUCUGGUGGAAAAAUAAAUUAAAACUAUAUUAAAAGUACU